CUAGAUAACUCGAUAUCUGCAAGUCUCUCGCAGCCUGCAAAGCCACCUGCACGAGAUCUGGCUCGAAAUCGCUGCUACACUACCAUACACUGAGUCGUAGAAGAGUCGUAGAAAUUCUUGGCCACAACGAAACGGUGUAGCAGCGCUACAGUUUCAGAGCACUGGCUGCGCGCUGUCGCUGCGCUGCCGACGCGAGAUGUGGCGCCGCGCCGCCCUCACCGCGCGCCGUUCUUUAUCUACGGCGCCGCCCGCCGUAGCAGCAAGACAGCAAAAGGCGAGCGCGAAGGUCGAGCCGCCGAGCCGAGCGCAGCUCUGGCGCCUCGCGCUGGCGAACGGCGUGCCCUUCGUGGGGUUCGGGUUUGCCGAUAAUGUCAUCAUGAUCCUGGCGGGCGACGCCAUCGACAAGUCCAUAGGUGUUACAUUAGGUAUCUCUACCUUGGCAGCAGCCGGCUUCGGCAAUCUACUGUCAGACGUCGUGGGCAUCGGCGCCGGCGACGUCAUCGAUAGGUAUUCGGAAAAAAUCAUCGGAAAACCGAAAACCAAGGCUUUGUCCCUCGAACAGCUCGCCUUACGAUCCUGCCGAAUCGUGAAGACCUGGGCGACGAUUAUUGGAAUUACGGUGGGCUGCUUGCUCGGCAUGGCGCCCCUACUGUUCUUAGGGGAGAAGAAGGAGCUCUACUUCACGAAGGAGGAGAUGGCCUUGUACGAGUCGGCUCUGAGGCCCUAUGGAGUCAGUCCGGACAACUUCUUCGCGAUGAUCUGUGUGGCAAGCAAAGUUCAAGCGCCCUUCAAUUUUUGGUGUGUCGCGGUCGGCGUGAGGCGCUGCUCGCUCCACUCGGUCGAGUUAACCUGACUCACUGGUUGAUUUCCACACAGGCGAUGAUGCGCAAGUCGAAUUGGCGCACGCUCCAGCCGGGCGAGGCGCUGGUGCGGGCCGGCGAGUCCAUGGACCGGAUUGUCUUAGUUGCGACGGGAUCUGUGGACUCCUACGAGACCGCGCCCGACGGCUCCCUCAAAAGACUAUACAGAUACCGAGCGAAGCGGGACAUCGCGCGGCCCCAGGACAGCACGGUCAAUAGCUUCCAGGUGCCGAUACGAGGGUGCGUGAUUGGUGGGACGGCACUGCUCGACCCAUCGGUUCGGGCCCAGCCCUACCCCUCCACCGCCCUAGCUGCCGAGCCGGCGCGCGUCGUCGAGUUCUCGUACGGUGCUUUACGCAGUGCGAUGGACGAGAAUCCCGCGAUCGAGGCGGCCAUACUGAACGUGUUGUACUUCGACCUCGUCGAGGGCCUGCGACGACGAGGCCAGUACGACUACGCGGCGAAGGAGGCCGCGCGGAAGGCGACCGGCGGUCCCGUGGCGCCCCGCAAGUUACCUACGAUCAUGCAGGAGGACGUGCGGGUCACGAUGUAUGAAUUAAUUAUGCGCGUGGCUCUGGCCGACGGCGUCGUCCACUCCGCGGAACGCGAGUUCCUGGCCAAGUACCAGAUGGAGAACGCCAUCACCGACGAGGAGCAUAUUGCCUCGCUCGCGGCGAACGGCUGGACGGCCGCGCAGUGGGACGCGGGCGUCCAGGAGGGACAGCUCGAGGGCGGCACGGCGGCGAUCAAGUCCGCCAUCCCCGACCUGCUGACGCAGGCGGGAAUCAAGUCGCGCCUGACUACUGAUAGGGGUAAGGAUAAGAAAUGAA